GGGCGUUCGCUCACGUCUGUCAACUGCUGCUCCAAACUUUCACUUUAAGAAGGCGCGUCUACGCCGCGGCGGAGUGUGUUUAUCGCAAACCCCUCGGAGUGGCACAUGGAGACCAUGGCUGAUCGCGACGCGGCACAGUCAUCCGGAGACCCACAGAUCCCGGUGCGAGGGGGGGCGGCGGUCUGAUCCACGCUGCGCGUCCCGCCUGCGGCGCGUCGAGACCUAUUCUCAAUUCGGCGUCUACGGUCGCUCCUUGCGGCGCAUGCGGCAGGCGCCAGCUCCUCGCACACCGGGGCGCACGGCGAGCGGGAGCCUCCGUGGGAUUCAACCACACGCGUCGGGGGUCGGUGGGCUCCCCCCGGGGCGAGAGACGGUGGCGUGGGAGACGUCACCGGUGCAGCAGCAGCAGCAGCAGCAGCAGCAGCAGCCGCCGUCGUCGAAAGGUGGAGCGCGUCGGCACGUGAGUGACAUGGAGGCACCGCCGGGAACGAGCCGCCGCCGCGAGCGCACCUUGGCCGCACGCGAGUGACCGAGCCGCGGCAGUGUCCGGGAUGGCAGCGUCCAGCAACUCGAGCCUCUCGGGUUCGUCUGUGUCCUCCGACCCAGAGGAUUAUCAACCGCCCAUAUGGAAGUCCUACUUGUACCAGCUCCAACAGGAAGCCCCGAGACCAAAGAGGACCACGUGUCCCCAGGAGAUGGAGAGCAGACCCAAAUACUACGGGAGAGAAUUUCAUGGCAUGAUCUCUCGGGAAUAUGCAGAUGAGCUGCUGGCGGGAGUGGAGGGUGCUUACCUCAUCAGGGAGAGCCAAAGACAGCCAGGGACACACACCUUGGCCUUGAGCAUCCGUGUCCAUCCGUCCAGGUUUGGGCACCAGACCCUCAACUACAGAUUGUUCUACGACGGGAAGCACUUUGUCGGGGAGAAGAGGUUCGAGUCGGUCCACGACCUUGUGACGGACGCCCUCAUCACUCUCUACAUCGAGACCAAGGCAGCGGAGUACAUCGCCAAAAUGACCACCAACCCCAUCUACGAGCAUCUCGGGUACACCUCGCUACUCAAGGACAAGAUGGUGCACAGGCUGAGCCGUGGACGCACAGAACCCCGCAGGGUCACGUUCCAGAAAGACGAGAGGAUCUCCUCACCUCUGGUGCGGCGGAGUGCCUUGAAAGACACACCGGAGAAGCAGUGCUCCUAUGACAAGAUCCACAACUUCAAGGUACAUACCUUUCGAGGGCCGCACUGGUGCGAGUACUGUGCCAACUUCAUGUGGGGCCUCAUCGCCCAGGGUGUCCGCUGCUCAGACUGCGGGCUGAAUGUGCACAAACAGUGCUCCAAACUGGUUCCCAGCGACUGCCAGCCGGACCUGCGCAGGAUAAAGAAGGUGUUUAGCUGUGACCUGACCACGCUUGUCAAAGCUCACAACACGACGCGACCCAUGGUGGUGGACAUGUGCAUUCAAGAGAUAGAGCUGAGAGGUAUGAAAUCUGAAGGUCUCUACAGAGUGUCUGGCUUCUCGGAGCACAUAGAGGACGUGAGGCUUGCCUUUGACCGAGAUGGGGAGAAGGCGGACAUUAGUGCCGAUGCCUAUGCAGACAUCAACAUCAUCGCUGGGGCUUUGAAGCUCUACCUAAGAGACCUCCCCAUUCCAGUCAUUACAUUUGACUUGUACUCCAAAUUUAUUCAAGCUGCAAAAAUUCCGAAUGCAGAAUCCAGACUGGAGGCCAUCCACGAGGGUUUGCUGCAGCUCCCUCCAGCCCACUAUGAGACCCUACGAUACCUGAUGGCUCACCUCAAGAGGGUGGCAAUGUUCGAAAAGGACAAUUUAAUGACUGCUGAGAACCUGGGGAUUGUCUUCGGUCCAACGCUCAUGCAGCCACCGGAGCAGAAUGCCUUGACAACCCUCAAUGACAUGAGGCAGCAGAAACUAGUGGUGCACCUUAUGAUAGAACAUGAAGAUGUCUUAUUCUGAGGACGGGGGGCAUGCGGCGCUUGCAACAGAAACGAAGGACAAUAAUUUAUUCUGUCAAAGAGGAAAUUCAAGCCUUGAUUCUAAUGAUGUUUCAGAAUAGUUUGUAAGCAAAUUGAUCCUGAGAUGCUUCUUUUUCGCAUGACCGUUUUAGUUGAAGUCGGUUUGGUGUUGACAUUGUCUUGUUACUGUAGGUUUUUUGGGUUUCCAUACUAAGCCAAGACCAUCAUUUUUAUACUCGGGAAUGAUCCAGUGUUUUUAACUAUCUACAGUGCUGUUCCGCGUCACUACCUGGAGUAGACAUAGUCAUGAGGCCCAGCACUGUGUGAACCAAGCAUCACAGAAGCAGCGGCCGCUCACGUUCCCACAUGACGUGUGCAUAUUUUGAUUUUCGUGGGAAUGUUGGUUCAAAGUUCAAUCAAACCGUGCGGAUCCUUUUCGUUGUACAUAAAAUCAGAUCAUGUAAUGAUCAAUAUUUUAAAUGCGUUCUAAAAAAAAAAGAAAGGCCGAUGAGACAAUUGGGCGAUCAUGAAGCUUUUUUGCAAAAAGUGUAAAGAUUUAUUUUGUAAAGAUGUUUAUUUUUGUCUUAUACUCUGCAUCAUGUUCUGUCACAGUAAUAUAUUCUGUUGAGAAUGAUGUUAGUUGAAGUGUUGUCAAAUACAAAACUGUUUCUCAAGAGAAAUGAGGAGUCUGAAGAAUGUCA